ACAAUGCCUGCGGAGGAGUUUGUGGCUGGCUGGGUCUCCGGGGCUCUGGGUCUGGUCUUGGGGCACCCCUUUGACACUAUAAAGGUACGGCUGCAGUCACAGAACAAGUACCGAGGCAUCUUGGACUGCGCCAUCCAGAUCUACCGCCAUGAAUCGGUCCUGGGCUUCUUCAAAGGAAUGAGCUUCCCCAUCGCCAGCAUAGCGUUGGUCAACUCUGUCCUGUUUGGGGUCUACAGCAACGUCCUGCUGGCACUCACCACCACCCCCCACCAGGAGCGGUGGACCCAUCCCCCAGUCUACAUGGAUGUCUUCAUAGCCGGCUGCUUGGGGGGCUUCGUGCAGGCCUACUGCCUGGCCCCUUUUGACCUCAUCAAAGUCCGACUACAAAACCAGACAGAGCCAAGGGCGCAGCUGGGGAGCCCACGGCCGCGAUACCGGGGACCCCUGCACUGCAUGACCUCCAUCCUCCAGAAUGAGGGGCCCCAGGGAUUGUUCCGAGGGUCCGGCACCCUGAUGCUGAGGGACACCCCCACACUGGGCAUCUACUUCGUCUCCUAUGAAUGGCUCUGCCGCUAUUACACACCCAAGGACCAGAAUCCCAAUUCAGCCACAGUGCUGGUGGCAGGGGGCUGUGCCGGCAUCGCCUCCUGGGUCACAGCCACACCCUUGGAUGUGAUCAAGUGCCGCAUGCAGAUGGACGGGCUGAAAGGCCGGGUGUACCACGGGCUGCUGGACUGCAUGGUGAGCAGCGUCCAGCAGGAAGGACCCCAGGUCUUCUUCCGGGGACUCAUCAUCAACAGUGCCCGCGCCUUCCCUGUCAACGCCGUCACCUUCCUCAGCUACGAAUAUCUCCUUCGCUGGUGGGGGUGA